GCAGCAUCCGCACCCCCAUUGGCCGGGACUUCAACACCGAAGCAGCUUUCCGCUCCAUGACUCGACCCGCGUGGCCUGCCUUCGAACGCCCACAGGACCAUCGGAUCGCGCUGGAGCUCGGCGCGCAACCUACUGUACGAAGUCAAUGGAGGCUGACUCAGCCCGAACUCCAAGAACUCAGAAACCAGUUGGGUUACCUCCUGGCCAAAGUGUUCGUUCGGCCAAGUACGUCCCCGUUCGCAGCGCCGAUCCUGUUCACUCCAAAACAAGAUGGCGGACUUUGCAUGUGCAUUGACUACCGUGCACUGAAUAGGGUUACCAUCAAAUCACGAUAUUCGAUCCCUCGCGCUGAUGAGCUGAUUGACCAACUUCGCGGAGCUUGCUAUUUCUCCAAGAUCGACCUUCGUGGUGGUUACCAUCAGAUUCGUGUCUUUGUUGGCGACUGCCACAAAACUGUGUUCCGUACUCGCUACGGGAGUUACGAAUACACAGUCAUGCCAUUCGGAUUAACGAAUGCCCCCUCAAUGUUCCGGUUAACUAUGAAUGGGAUAUUCCGCAAUCUACUCGACAAAUGUGUCAUCAUUUACCUGGAUGACAUUCUGAUCUGCAGCAAAACAAAGGAGCAGCACUUAGCGGAACUUGAAGCGUUUUUUCAGCGGCUACAGCAGAACCGCCUCAUUACGAAGGGCUCCAAGUGCGAGUUUUUUAAGGCUAAACAGGAUUAUGUGCGACGCUUUAUCCCUAACAUGGCAGGGUUAACCGGACCACUAACCGACCUACUGUAUAAGGGAGCUGAUUACGUAUGGGGGGAGAAGCAGCAAGCUGCGCUUGACGCGUUAAAACAUUUUUUUACGUCGCCACCGGUACCACACAUAGCUUACCAAAAACGACCGUUCGAGGUUGUAACUGAUGCAAGUGACAUCCCCAUUGGAGCAUUACUGUUACAAGAUUUCGACGAUGGCCUCCAACCAAACACGUACGAGUCGCGAAAGUUACAAUCCGCCGAGAGAAAUUAUCCCGUACACGACAAAGAAAUGUUGGCGAUCGUGCACGCGUUCAAAGUCUGGCAAUGCUACCUGACAGGAGCGGACGUGAUAAUCAGGACAGACCGUAAAUCACUACAGUACCUGAGGGCGGAAUUUCAACCCGCGGCAGAUUCGCUGACACUCGCACGAUUCGAGAAGGACGUAAAGCGGACCGACACCGGGUUCCUGGCGAUAGCAACAGAGGUGGAGAAUGACGGAGAGAAAGCCUCGGAACCUCCAGAAAAAAUCAAGGAAUUAUUGAAGGAGUUCCAAGACAUUCUUCCUGACGAUCUUUCGAACGAGCUACCGCCAUACCGAACGCAUCAACACGAGAUCGUGGAGGAACCGGGAUCGAAGCCGACCUUCCGAGCACCAUACCGGCUCAGCCCUACGGAGCUGACUGACAUGAAAAAACAGAUCGAGUAUCUCCUAGCCAAAGGACUCAUCCGGCCAUCCACUUCGCCAUACGGUGCCCCAGUACUCUUCACCCCGAAACCGGACGGAAGCCUGCGCAUGUGCAUCGACUAUCGAGCUCUUAACAAGCAGACCAUCAAGAAUAAAUAUCCGAUACCGCGAAUCGAUGACCUGCUUGACCAGCUUCGGGGAGCUACGGUAUUUUCCAAACUGGAUCUGCGGUCCGGAUACUGGCAGAUACGGAUGGCGGACAACUCUAUCCACAAAACUGCUUUUCGAACUCGGUACGGAUCGUACGAGUAUUUGGUAAUGCCGUUCGGACUCACCAACGCGCCGGCAAAGUUCCAAGCCGAAAUGAACCACAUUCUACGACCACUUCUGGAUGAAUGCGUGGUGGUGUACCUGGACGACAUCCUCAUCUACUCGCGCGACAUGAAGCAGCACGUCGAACACCUGCGACGCGUCUUCGAAAUUCUUCGACGGGAACGUUUUUACGUCAAACUGUCCAAGAGCGAAUUCGCCCUUGAAAAAGUCCAGUUCCUAGGACACAUGGUGAGCGCUCGAGGAGUUCACGUGGACCCCAAGAAAAUCGAGGCCGUACGCACGUGGAAGACGCCCGAGAACGUGAAGGAGUUGCAGCAGUUCCUAGGCUUCGCUAAUUACUACAACAGGUUCGUGCCACAGUAUGCGAAACUCGCGGCACCACUCACGAAUCUGCUGAAGAAGAACACGCCCUACAAAUGGGAGACGAAGCACUAGGAAGCCAUGGAGCAGCUGAAAC